GUCUUCUCCCUUUCGUUUUCAACGUGAUUUCCCUCUCUUAUCUUCAAUAAAAAAAUAUCUGAGAAAAAAGGGAAGGGAGAACGGAACAACAUCCUCAGAACCGCCGCCGGAGAAUCUUUUGUGCUUCAAAGAAUCGGAAUUAUUUUGAUGGAAGGGAUUAUCACUUGCUUUCAUCCGAAAUGCGUCUCUCUUCCAAUUCGUUCAUCCCCACUUUCUAGGGUUUCUUCACUCUCUCAGCUGAGGAACCGCAAUUCACUCUCUUCAUCACGAUCCGUUCCUCAGAGGAGCUUGUGCGUAUCGUCUUCGAGCUCGGAUACGUUACUCGCGGGCGGCUCAUCAAAGGAAGACGAGAGGCAGAGCAAAAUAUCGAGCAGGAAGGAAGGAGAUGACACGGGGGAUUUGAAGCAUUGGUUGGAUAAGAAUGGUUUACCGCCUUGCAAGGUAUUGCUCAAGGAGAGACCCGCUCAUGAUCAAAACCAUAAACCCAUUCAUUAUGUUGCUGCUAGCGAGGAUCUUCAGAAGGGUGACGUGGCGUUUUCAGUUCCAGACUCUUUGGUUGUCACACUUGAAAGAGUGUUGGGAAACGAGACUAUUGCUGAACUGUUGACGACGAACAAACUGUCCGAACUGGCUUGUCUAGCUUUGUAUUUGAUGUAUGAGAAGAAACAAGGGAAGAAGUCAGUGUGGUAUCCUUAUAUUAGAGAACUCGAUCGUCAAAGAGGAAGAGGUCAGUUAGAUGUGGAGUCUCCGCUGCUGUGGUCUGAGGCUGAGCUAGAGUACCUAACUGGUAGCCCGACCAAGGCCGAAGUUCUUGAGAGGGCUGAGGGGAUCAAAAGAGAAUACUCGGAGCUUGACACUGUCUGGUUUAUGGCUGGAUCUUUGUUUCAGCAAUACCCAUUUGACAUACCAACUGAAGCUUUUACAUUUGAGAUUUUUAAACAAGCUUUUGCUGCCGUUCAGUCCUGUGUGGUGCAUCUACAAAAUGUCAGUUUGGCUCGCCGGUUUGCUUUGGUUCCUCUUGGUCCUCCCUUGUUGGCAUACUGUUCCAACUGCAAGGCAAUGCUUACCGCUGUUGAUGGUGCUGUUCAACUCGUGGUAGAUAGGCCAUAUAAGGCUGGUGAUCCUAUUGUUGUCUGGUGUGGGCCACAGCCUAAUGCGAAAUUGCUUCUGAACUAUGGAUUUAUUGAUGAAGAUAACCCUUAUGAUAGAAUAAUUGUCGAGGCAGCGCUGAGCACCGAUGAUCCUCAAUAUCAGGACAAGAGACUGGUUGCUCAAAGGAACGGAAAAUUAUCCCAACAAGUUUUUCAGGUUCGUGUAGGAAAAGAAAAAGAAGCUGUUCAAGAUAUGCUUCCCUACCUGCGACUGGGUUACAUGUCUGAUCCUGCUGAAAUGCAAUCAGUUAUUUCGUCUCAAGGUCCAGUUUGUUCAAUGAGCCCUUGCAUGGAAAGAGCAGUAUUGGAUCAGCUUGCUGAUUACUUCAUGAGACGCUUGGCUGGCUACCCUACCACCCUAAAAGAAGAUGAUGCAUUGUUGGCAGAUCCUAGUUUGAAUCCUAGGAAGCGAGUAGCCACACGGCUUGUCCGAUUGGAGAAGAAAAUGCUAGCUGCAUGCCUUGUGGCAACAGUCGAUUUGUUAAACGAGUUGCCCGAUACAACCAUCUCUCCAUGCCCAGCACCCUAUGCUCCCUCCUUGAAAUAAUAAAAAAAGCUGCAUUUGUUGGUACAUGGCAGGAGUAUUUUUUGGUCUGUGGUCGUCGCUUAACUAAGUUGCAGGUAGUAGCUACUAGGAGUGUAUCUCUGGAUUGCCACGCAAAUGUUCCACCUUUGAUCUUUCUUUCUCUUGCAACAAUUAAGCAUUGUCGAAAUCCUGUAAUUACAGAGAACAACUUCACAAUUAUUCUGGGUUGUGUUUUAGAAUUUUAGUAUUUUAUCGUUUCCAAAAAAGUUUACUAAA